CAAAAUAAAGUUGGAAUUUAUUCCAAUAUUAACCAGAGUAAAAACUAGGUCUGUUCCAACUAUGCAAUAUGCAAUGCUCAUGUUUACACGAACAGAUCGUGAUUAAAUUGAGAACUAAAACACAGGAUGCGUGUAAAAUUAAUAGGAACAAGCCUUUGAGUUUAGUCGGAGUUGCCGACCACAAGUUGAAAUUGAGUAUGUCAGUGUUGCCAACAAUUAACUGAUAAAACUAACGCCAACAUUGUAAGAGCCAACCAGCCAGCAACACCGAUAGAUUUACGUUUAUAGUGUAAUGGCAACACUGACCGAUUCAUGUUUAAAGAAUUGUCAAAGUGAUAUGAUGUCAGUGUCAUUUGUCAUAACAACGAUGUUUGUGGUUUUGUGCUGUCCAGUCUUCAAAUAAAAAACAAAGUGCCAAAAAUGUUUCAAACAUAGCAUUUUUAAAAGCUACAAAAUUAUUUUUUUUUAAUCUGGGGUAACAUGGAAGCAUCUUAUUGCCUCUGCGGGCAACCAUACGAUCCAAAUGUCUUUAUGAUCCAAUGUGACGCUUGUAAAGAUUGGUUUCACAGCACAUGCUGUAAUUUCCAAGAAUAUCUCGCAGUUGAAAUAGAUAAGUACCAUUGCCCCAGAUGUGCCCCUACUUUUGGACCAUCCAUAAGAAAACCAAUUUGUAACUGGCACCGACAUGACUUUUGGGAUGAAGGUGCUGCAAACAAACCAGUACAAACUGGCACAUUGGUUUUUAUACGAGAACUAUGCUCAAGGCACUUUGUACCGGAAACAGACAUUGUUGUGCACAUGCGUGGGCAACAACUCACUGAAAGUCUUUUGAAGGCCCAUGGUUUCAGUAACCCAAUUGUAAUAGAUAGCAAAGAAGGUUUGGAUAUUGUGCUACCUCCAGACACAUUCAGCCAUUACGAUGUAGAAUCUUAUGUUGGGAGGGAUAAAGAAAUUGAUGUAAUAGAUGUUGGCCGUCAAACUAGUGCAAAAAUGAAGAUGAAUGAUUUUAUUGAGUAUUACAAUAGCUUGAAUCGUAGCAGAAUAUUCAAUGUAGUUAGUUUGGAAUUCUCCAACACAAGCUUGGGCUGUUUAGUAGAGGCACCUCUGAUUGUGAGGAAGCUCGAUUGGGUAAAUAAUGUAUGGCCCCCUGAUUGCCCUGGACGCCCCCAGGUCUCCAAAUACUGCCUGAUGAGUGUUAAAGAUUCUUAUACCGAUUUUCAUAUUGACUUUGGUGGAACUAGUGUCUGGUACCAUGUGCUGCAUGGUGAAAAGAUAUUCUACUUUGUCAAACCUACACCUGCCAAUUUGACACUUUAUACACAAUGGAUGACAUCAACUAAUCAGAGUGAAACCUUUUUUGGUGAUCAGGUUGAUCAGUGCUUUAAAUGCACGAUUCGUCAGGGACAAACAAUGAUCAUACCAACUGGCUGGAUCCAUGCUGUUUAUACUCCAGUGGAUUCUCUCGUUUUUGGAGGGAAUUUCCUGAAUCACCUCAAUAUACCUAUGCAGUUGAGUGUAUACGAGAUAGAAAAGAAAAUAAAAACUGCAAAAAAGUACCUGUACCCCAACUUUGAAAUGAUAAACUGGUUUGCUGCUACGUACCUGCUAGAACAAUUAACUGAAAUAAAUAUGUUAGGAAGUCGAUGCCCCGAGUACUUAUUAGCGGGGAUGAAAGCUUUGCUACAAACUUUGAAACAGUGGAAUAGCGAAAAAGAUUACAAUACGUCUGUCAGAGAACAAAUCCCCAUCUCUCUAAACAUCCCAAAGUUGCUGAAAGAUAUGGGAAAAGAAAUAAGACAUGCAGAAAGAUAUAUAAAUCAUCUCAAUCCUCCGAAGCCUGAACGUGAAUCUAAAAGAAAAAGAAAGAAGCCUGUGAAUAAAGAUUUUGUUGAUUAUCCUCUGUCACCAAAAUCAACGCAAGAGUUUGCUCCGAUAGUGGAGAUGCCGCCGCCUGUAAAGUACCCCAAGCAAGUGCAAUCACCCCUAAAAUUGACAUUACCAAAACCUCUCCUAUACCCUUACGACCAGAUGAAUUUGACUUCAGGUCAGGCAAAUAUUAGCCAAGAAGGUUGGCCUGGUAAUGAUGUGAUUAGGCCUCAGGAAACAGUUGCCAUACAUAGAGGAGGAACUGUCCUUAAGUUCAAAAUAGGAGCGAAAGAUAUAUUACCUCAAAUAAAUGAAAAUCAUAUAUUAAGCCAACAUAUACCUCAAAACAAAUACGACUUAUGCAAUUUGGACUCCCAGGACAUUUACGAUUUUCAUGACGAUAGUGAUAGAGAUGAAGACUGUCUAAACAUUGCCCUAGAUGAAAGCCCUCAGAAAAAGCAGAAGAAAUCUGGGAUAAAGACGUGUUUGCCAGUAAAAAAGCAAAGGCAUAGAAGCAGAGAUGGCCCCGAACCGACCAGUGGUAUAGAGUCACUUAUACACGCCUCAGCAUUGUCUGUCCCACCACCGGGUGGUGGCACAUCUCCUUCAACCGAAGAAGCGAUUGCAGGCAUGCUCUCUAUCAGCCAGAAUUGGCCAAUGGCCAAACCACUUAACAGAAAGUAUACCCAUAGUCUCACAGAAGAGAAUAUCAAUAACGUUCAUCAGGAUGAAGAAUAUGUAUAUCCAUCUUUAGACAAUUCAGACGACGAGGACGUGCAUAUCUUCAAACCACGCGGACGUUCAAAAGUAGACGAAGCUUGGAACCCAAAGGCUCGUGUCGGACCAUUGCUACCGAAAACGAACAGGCCCGCGCGAGAAGGCACCAAAAAACAAUCUGUGGAAAAAGUACUGGAAGCCGCAGCAGCAAAGAGACUUCAUCAUCCACCAGAAAAGAUAUUCAUAGCUACGAACCGAUAACAGCGCUGUACGGGAAACGCAGAAUCAUCCUACCUGACGCUAUUUUUAUAUGUUCUCUUCCAGUCACCAAAAAGGCAGUACAAACGCAAAGUUGUGAAGCAACCCAAAGCAGAAGUGAAAAGUAGUACCGGGCCUGCGACAAGCACAACCCCACCUGCUUCAGGUGCUGCCGGUAGUACUACACCAAAACCUAGGAAAGGCAUGAAGACUGCGAAACAGCGUUUAGGAAAAAUUUUGAAAAUUCAUAAGAUGAUUCAUUAGUUCUUAAUAGUUACUUUUCAGCUCAGUACUGGCUGUGUUCAGGGGGUAACAGCGACAUAGCUUACACGAUACUACACAGUAACUCAACUCCCGACGAUUCGUUACUUGAAAAUUAUGUUUUGAUUAGAUUAGGAACAUUUCUGGUACAAGCAAGUUGAGGCAUGGGCAGUUGAAAGUAGGUGACGGGUUGACGGUUGGAGAUAAUACGCAAAGUUGGGGUUUUCCUUUUCAGACACAACUAUGCCUGAUAUAACAAAGCUAAUGUGUGGUGACACGUGUGAGCGAACAAGUAAAAUAAAUAAAUGAAACAGUACUCACUGUUAAGUUAAAUUGAAAUUCGUGCGUGCUCGACGUAGCCAAGCAUCGGUGCAGGCUUUUAUAGUGGAGUACAUUAAGGGCCGUAUCGUCAGUCGUUCCUGUAAUUGUAAGACGCCAUUAUGGCCUGCUUGAAUUUCAUCGUCUUUUCUCUCGUUCAGAAAGGCUGGGGUAUUUCUAGAUUUCUGCUGUUCCGUGUCAGCGUCAACACAUGAUAAAAAUCAAGUUUCAUCAGCCUGCAAUAUCUGAGGAUUCAAAAAGAAAAUAUAACUUCAAAAUAGAGCGCUUAUAUGAAACAUUAGAAGUUAAGAAAUACCCCUGCCUUUCUGAAUGUCAGGAGAUACUAUGAAAAUGAAGGAAGUCAUACAUUUGUAAGAACGACUGACGAUACGGCCCUAAAACAUAGCAUUCAGGCAUCAAUUCCACUAGCCAAAAUUCCAGGUUGCUAACUUGGCCUAUUCAAAUAAGUGCUGAAUAUGAUCUGAACAUGAUUUCAGCAUUUUGCUGGAACAGCCCUGUCACUUUGGUUGCCUUUUCAAAAACCCGUGGCACGGCAUCUAAAACAGAGUAACUGUCAGGGAGUUGUGUUGCUGCAUACAGUGUGUCCCAAAUUCGUUUCUCUAUACAAGGAUUUCGGCUCCUGUUAUACCUACAGCAAAGGUUAAAUGGGGAAAGCUUCCGAUGAAACUUGGUGCAUUCUAUAGCCGGCACAGAUUUACGAUCGAUCAAUUGGUUUUGGAAAUAUCGGCGAAAACUUAUUAAAACACAAUUUUCAUACUUUGAAUUAUUUAACGUCAAAGUCGCCAGAGCCUCCUUAGAUGAAAAAACUGCGUUACUUAUUAAUUUUAUAUUUUCUGACAAAUAAAUCAUGGCCUCCUUAGGGAAAAACUAAUACAUAACAUUACGUGUGAUGAUAUUUCGGUGAUACUACUAUUUCAUGAGACAUCACUAGACUGGAAAUUUUACACUCUUUUCAAAAAUCAAAAGAUUCAUUAUGGCGGCCAUAACAAAAAUGAAAUUUGAGGUGGGUUGCUGGAAAACAAAAGACGAUUGAGACAUGUCAUACCUACAUGCUAUCUUCUUUUUCGUACAAAAAUGUCCGAAUGAUGUUACAUUUUGACAUCUGUCAAAUUAACCGUUUUGGUUUUACUGGCAAAAAACAAAUUCCGAUAUUUUCGGUUUUUCGCUGAUAUUUUCAAAACCAAUUGACUGAUCCCAAAUCUGAAGCCGGAUAUCGAAAUCACUAAGUUUCCUCUAAAACUUCCCUCAUUUAGCCUUUGCUGUAGGGUAUAACAGCAGCCGAGAUCCCUGUAUAGCGAAGCGAAUCUGGGACACACUGUAUGCCGUGUAGGACUGGUGUCGUUUCUGAAUGCGCCCAUUGAGUAGUUUUGUUCAUUUCAUAUCUUUUUGUAUGCAGUUCAUGAGAGACAAAGAUGUUGCACUUUUUUCGAAAUAGUUUGUAUUUUGUACAAAAAUACAGACGCGACGUUUUGAGAAUCCUCAUUAUGAGUCAUUGUUGUUCAGCUUAGUUAAUGUUCAAUUUUGUUCAUUUUUCUAACUUCAGGAGAAAGAUGGAUGUGUUGUUCGUACUUUUGACACAAACACAACCUUAGGAAUGAUUCUGAAAAUUCGUAGUAUUUUUUGCUUGUUGGUAGCUGUUUUGGGCUAAUUUGUUGUUUUGUUAUUAUUGUUGUUACAUGCAAUUCGGCUGAAAUAUUGCACUAAUUUUUGGAAAAGCUUGUAUUCUGUACAAAAAUACAAAUAUUUUGAAAAUUAAGGGCCGUACCGUCAGUCGUUCCUACAAUUGCAGGACACCUUUAUGGCCUCCUUGAUUUUCAUCCUUCAGAAGCAAUGGUAUUUCUAGAUUUCAACUGUUUCGGUAAGCGCUCUAUUUUGAGGUUAUAUUUUCUUGUUAAGUUCUAAGAUAUGUCUGGCUGAUUUUUAUCAUCUGUUUCAGCAGCCCGAAAUUUCUUAAGAUUCAAAAAGAAAACAUAACCUCACAAUAGGAGAGCGCUGAUGCUGACACCGAACAGUAGAAAUCUAGCAAUACCCUAGCCUUUCUGAAGGAGAGAAAAGACUAUGAAAAUCAAGGUGGCCAUAAAGGCGUCCUACAAUUGUACGAACAAUUGGCGAUACAGUACGAUUUUCUAUUUGUUGAUAGAUAUUUUUCAGCUAAUUUAUUUUGUAUUCUGUUGGUUUUAUUAUUUUUGUAUACAAUUCAGGAGGGAUAAAGAUGCAUCUUGUACUCUAUACAAAAAUACAUUCCUCAAAAAGAGACUAACUGGCAGUAUGUUGUAAUUUUUGAGAUUCUAUAUCUUGUGCACAGUCUGAUUAUGAAGAGAAUGUAAUUAGUAUAUAUACCUUUAUAAAUGUUAUUUUAUUUGCUGAUAAUUUGGAAAUAAAUGUUGGAUC